UUUUAUAUUAUUUGCAUUAUUACUUGAUAACAUGUCAACUUUUGCGUGUGUGUGUGUGUGUGUGUUGAUGGAGGAGCAGAGUCAGGUGGCGCUUGGCAGGGCGAGCGGCUGGCUGCAGUGUUUUGGCCAGCGCUGGUCAGUCUUGCCCCACACACUCUGGUAAUAAGUGUUUCCGUAUUCCUGACUGCUUCUUCCUGUACCAAGCACCGCCACGCAUCCCCAGAGAGCCACGAGUACGUAAGGGUGUAGAACUUAGGAUACCACACGGACAGGGGUGAAGGAGCCUUGGGGAUGCCUGAAGGAGGGAGAGUGAAGAGUGAAAUUUAACAGCUCGUUGAGAGAAGGAAAAGUACCAAGAGAAUGGAAAAGAGCUAACAUAGUGCUAAUAUACAAAGGGGGAAAUAAAAUGGAACCAUUAAAUUACAAACCAGUGUCACCAACAAGUAUUGUAAGCAAGCUUUGUGAAAUAGUGAUUAAAGAUAGAUGGAUGCAAUAUUUAGAAGAUGAAAAGAUAAUUACAGUUAAGCAAUUUAGAUUCAGGAAAGAGGAAUCCUGUAUCACAAAUCUGCUUUGCUUUUAUAUGAGAAUAAUAGAUGGAGUGCAAGAGAGGGAUGGAUGGAUUGAUGCGGUAUACCUGGAUCUCAAAAAACAUUUGAUAAAGUUCCCCACAGAAGCCUUAUGUGGAAGUUAUAGAAAGAAGAAGGACUAAAGGGAGGAACAUUGAGAUGGAUGGAUAAUUAUUCACAAGGGAGAGAAAUGAGAACAGUAAUCAGAGACACUAAUUCAAGUUGGUGCAGUGACAAGUGGGGUACCACAAGGAUUUAUGUUGGCACCAAUUAUGUUUCAAAUAUAUGUAAAUGAUAUGACUGAGGAUCUAAAUAGUUAUAUAAACCUUUUCGCUGAUGAUGCAGAAAUAAGGAAAACAAUAAAGGAUGAAAAUGACUGGAAGGAGUUACAAAAGGAUAUUGACAAGAUCUAUGCAUGGAGCCAAAGAUGGAAACUAGAAUUUAAUGCCAGAAAAUGCCACAUGUUGGAAAUAGGAAAAAAGUAAAAAGAGACCUUCAUGGAAUUACAAAAUGGGAGGAGAAAUAAUAACGAAAAGUAAUGAAGAAAAAGAUUUGGGAGUUAUGAUCCAAGACACACUAUCACCUGAAGGGCACAUAAACAGAAUAUUCAGCUCUAUGAUGAUAAAGCUUGUUAACAAACAUUAGGGUGGCCUUUAACUAUUUAAAUAAAGAAAUGAUGAAGAAAAUUAUAACAAGCAUGAUAUGACCUAAAUUGGAAUACUCAGCAGUAGUUUGGACUCCACAUAGAAAAAAGGAUAUACACAAACUGGAAAGAAUACAGAGGACAGUGACAAAGAUAGUACCAGAAUUGAAAGACUUAAGCUAUGAAGAAAGACUUAAAGAGAUAGGAUUACCAACACUACAAUAUAGAAAAGAUAGAGGAGACCUGAUAAUGAUGUACAAAUUAGUGAACAAUAUAGAAAAAAAAUAGACAGAAGUGACUUGUUAUCACAGAUGGAGGAAGGAGAGAGACAGACAAGGGGGCAUGGGAAGAAAAUAAAGAAGAGUGGAUGUUCGAGCAACAUCAAGAAAUACAGCUUCCUGUAUCAAACUAUUGAUAUCUGGAAUGAUUUGAAGGAAGAGGUGGUUGUGGCAAACAGUGUACACAUGUUUAAAGAGAAACUGGAUAAAUAUGGUUAUGGAGACAGGACAAGAUGAGCUUUGGCUCAUGCCCUGUACAAUACAACUAGGCUUCACCUUCUCCGUGCUCCUCUCAGCCUCCUCACCACCCACCCUACCACUACCCCUGUUCGGCCACACGGCGUCAUCAGUAUGGACCACACCACUCCCUAGAGGGAGUUGCAGGAGACAGACUUGGGAAUGCAAGGAAGAGGCGGCAUCCAGUCUGCACGAAUCCUCCGCCCUCCAGGUGAGACGAGAAGAGGGCGCGGCUGAGGAAUCAAUCAUAACACUGAAAAUAAGAAAUAUACAUACAUUGCAAUCUAACAAGUUUAAUUCCGUGCUCCUUACUUUACGACUCAGAGACUCUCAUUGGAGAGGCAUUCAGAUCAACCUGUCUCGAAAAGUUUGA